AUGUGCCGAUUUCCGUUGCAGGGUUGUAUAGACGUGUUCUGGGAGACAGCAGAUACAUACCAAACUCCUGUUAUAGCUCUUGUUGCAAUCACAUGUCUGAUUCAGGUGUCCCAGAUAAUAGCAACUUGUUACAACAGAAUUGUCAAAUCGAAUAAAUCCAUCAACAAAAUAACAGACCAAAGGGAUACUAAAAAUUACAACAAUGUUUCUCCAUCUAAAAACAACCGAAAACUAGGAAUGAAAAACACUGUAUAUUCGGAAGAAAAAAUGUGGUAUCCUGAAGUUGAGAGAAACUAUUUUAAUUCCCCACAGAAACAUGCAUGGGAUACAAAAAGUAGAAAUAAAAGUUUACACGAAGGAGAAAAAUGGUAUGCCGGUGUCAGACAAGAACCUAUGAAAAGACCAGAUAGGUCCUUAGUCAUGGACAUUAAGUAG